AAAUUUAUGCCUUCCCCCUUUCAUUUCACUUAUCCGAUUACUCCCAAGUCCUAGUUGCUUCUUUCUCUCUUGCUGCACAAGUCCCUAAGAUAAACUGCAAUCCUACCAAAACCGAACAACAGGUUCUGUUUGAAAACAUCUCUUUCAUCUCAAUCUCACUGCCUUGAUCCCAUAACCUCCAAACUCCUACAAUUUCAGUAAAAAAGAAGCCUCCCCUGUUCCUCCCCUGUUUAGGCUCGUUGAUUCCCUCUGUUUUCGACCUUCCACAUUUCAGUUGUGAAAAAUGUCCUCCUCAAGUUAUUGUCCAGGCCUCCAAUCAUGCCUAGAACCGAUCUACCUCGUCGAACCUCGUGUUUUGAGGCUCAAAUUGGCUCCAUCCAAAUCCAACAUUUCUCUUCCUUCAAUAAUUUGCAAGCCCUUUGUCACUAACUCAGACCGUGACUUGGAAAGCAACAAAAAUGCUGACACGGGUGGCUGGAGUUUCCUCCAGUCUAUUGCUAACAAUACCUCUCAAAACACCACAGAAGAGAAUGACAAAGUCUAUGUCCCUCCAAAUUUUAAGAGCUCUUCUUCUAUGCUCAGCGAAAAGAGCUUAGAAAUGUGCACCGAGGGCCUGGGGAGUGAAACUGGUAGCGAGGGGAGCGAAAGCAGGGAUGGGAUGGCUUUCCUGUCCUUAGAAAACGUGGAUCAUGAGACUAGGGCAGCGCCAAAAUUGCGCGAAACAAGAACAACUAGUCGAAAUGUUAGCUUCCCACCUCCUUUGAGCUCGAUUAGUGGCUCCAACAAUGUUCGAGUGAGGCCUCACCGAGAAGGUGGACGGCUAGUCCUGGAAGCAGUAACUGUCUCUUCUUGCCACGUUCAUUUACAUGCAGAGAGAACCGAUGGCCGGCUUCGGCUACAUUUGAUGAAGGACAGCUCUCCUAAUAACUUCGACAAUGAAGUGCAAGAAGCAGGAGCAGAAUAUGGUGAGGAAGUUGUUGUUCAAGAUGACGGUGGUGAUGAUCAAAGUGGAGAUGAUGAAGCCGGUGGUGGUGAUAUUUGCGGAGAGGAGUUGGAGGGUAUUAAUGGAAAUGCUGGGGGUGAAAUGGGGAUGGGGAAAUUGGCUAGACCAGGCAGGUGCAAGGAAAGUGGGAGUAGCACCGAAGGCUUACUCAAUUGGGAGGCAUUUUGGGUGGCCACUUAGAUCUCUCUUGGUUUCCCGAAUGAUUUGUUCACUACAUAUUCUACUAGCUACUACUGUUACCACCACCGUUACCGCUGCUAGCAUUUAAUUAACCUUCAUCAGCGAUUAAUUACAAAGUUUUGGUAUUGAACCCUUGGAUCUUGUAAAACAUGUUUAUGGCAGUUAAUAUCGUUAAUUAUAUUGGAAUUAAUCUUGAUCCUC